AGCAAUGGUUAAACGAACCAAAAGCUGACAGUAAAGGAAAGGAAAUACACAGAUUUGGUAUGACCUGGUCUUUGUAUUCGCGUCCGAUACCUCACGAGAGUGGUCAAACGAAUCCACCCUCCAGUCUUCGAGGGUGAGUCCCUAGCAAAUUUGACGAAUUAUAUAGUCUCCCACGGAAUUAGCUUACAGUUGGUCUUGGUCUGCCACCCCUGCAUCAAAGGAUUCUCCCUUCGGAAACAGAGGUCUCGAGAACGGUAGUUAAAAGGGAAACAAAGGCAUAGGUUCACAUACUCCCCGCUCUAAUUGGAGAUACGGCACCAGUCGAGCCAACGACGGAGCCUCUGAUCGUUGGACGUUCCGGUGUCAGCACAACUAUUGAAUUGGCAUCGAGACCAUGAAGAGCGAGGGCUCGACGAAGACGGACGAGAUGGCGCUGGAAGAGUACUACAAUUAUUUCAAUCACAAUGUGAAGACCACAAUGGUGAAGCCGUCGGCCGUAACGGAUCAUCCAGCGAUGUUAGCUCCAAGCUAUUUGGACCAUCUGCACAUGGACCGCUAUGUGCCACUUCUCUUCCUGUACAGGCUCGUUGACAAGUCGGACGAUGUCUACAACCAAUUCGUGGCUACAUUGAAGGACUCUCUGGCCAAGACAGUGGUGUCGUUUUAUCCCGCUGCCGGGGCCAUUGUCAAAACCUCGAAUCCGAACCAUCCUCGCAUGUUCCUCUGCGACGACCGAGGCGUUCCAUUCACAGAAGCUUGCAAGGAUGAAGCAAUGGACGAUGUUGUGAACCAGGACGCCUUCUCGCCUGUCCCUCCGCUCCAAGGAUGGGAGGCGGCCGGUUUGAUGCCGCACAACCAGUGUCAUCCUGUCGGAGAUUCAGGCAGCCCAGGCAUCGUUAUUCAGGUAACUCGGUUCAAUUGUGGUGGAGUUGCUUUAGGCUUUAGUUGGAAUCACUUGUUGGCAGAUAUGACGGGAGCAAUGCUGAUUCUGCGAGCAUGGUCGGACAUAGCUACCACGGGGCACACGACCAUCGUACCUCAGCUCGAUCGCACGGUGUUGAAUCCGAGGCACGAGGUGGAGGAAACCGAGCCCAUAGCUCCUCCUCCAAUGUCUGAAGAAGAGAAGGCCAAGCUUCAGACAGUGCUGAACACCAAGUUCACGUCGAAGGUUUUCAGGUUUAAGAGGGAGAAGCUUGCGAAGCUGAAACAGCAAGCCGUGCAAGAUGUGAGUGACUUGUCGACCAUGGACUGUGUUUCUGCACAUCUGUGGCGCUGUCUGUCGAGAUACUAUGCCAAUUUUGGCAUAACGGACAAAACGAUCUUCAGCACCGCCGUGGAGGGCAGGAAGAGGAUGCCCGGCACCCUCACGACCCACUUCUUUGGAAAUGUGAUCGUGCCUGCAUUUGUCCGUAACGUUCCCACAUCCGAGAUUCUGGCCAGGCCCCUGUCUUAUGCAGCCGGCUUGAUCCGGAAGGCUCAUCAGGCAGUUGAGCAGGAAACUUUCUUCACCAUCAUUGACCAGAUGGAUCUGGCAAACCCUUGGAAAACCAGCAUCAAUAGAACCGACCACCAAGUGGGCCUUACUUCUUGGAUCCGAUUCGGCAUCUUCGACCUUGAAUUCGGCCAGGGAGCUCCGCUCUUCUGCAUGGUUAAUAUGUUGGCGCAGAUUUCUCGCAAGGGUCAGUGCAUCUGUAUUCCGAGCAAACCUGGUGAUGGGUACUGUGAUAUACUUUUAUACCUGGCGCCACAUGCUCUCGAGUAUCUGGCAGCUGAUCCAGAAUUCACCUCUGUAAUAUAGAUAUUAGAUGCAGUCCCGGAUGGUGUUUCCCGAUCCUUGUCCACUCUCCCCGAUAGAGAUAUAAGUUCUCCAUGCUUACCCAUUGCGUAACAAGGAGAUCAUUUCAUUGAUUCCAUCGAAUAAUAAAAUGCCCCUGGCGUCUCAUGCUGCUUCGACUUCUCCUC